AUGAAACUAACAGAAAAAGAGAGUCGCUCGCCAAGCAAUAAGAAAGCAUCUAGUAAAGGUCGUGCAACGUCCAAAAAGGCAACUACCAAAUGCAAAAAGGCACCGAAAUCCGCAGCAAAGGGGAAAGCAGUAGUAGACCCAGUAUCGGCAAAUGGACCCAAUGACAUGAUGGAUAAUGAUCUGGCCAUGACUAUAGCAUUGCAGGCACAAGAGGAUCAAAAUGAGCAAGAAGCAGAGCACAAUGAAUAUGACACAAAGGACGAUGAAUAUAAACCAAAAAGAAGAAGGGUGGCACGUCGCAAUAACGGCAGUUCCAAGAGUCAAUAG